AUGCGUCUAGUCAAGACACAGGAGUCCCUUGCGGGCCUGUUUGAAUUCCUACACUUUGCCGAUAACGAGAUCACACCCUACGCUAUCCUGUCUCAUACCUGGGAGCAAGAGGAAGUUACUUUCCAGGAUAUUAAUCAAAGUCACACCAGGAAUAUACUGGGAUUUAAGAAAUUAAGACAAUACUGUGCCAAAGCGAAGGAUGUGGGAUAUAACUAUGUGUGGAUCGAUACAUCUUGUAUCGAUAAAACCAACAGCGCAGAGCUAUCGGAGACUAUUAACUCUAUAUUUCGCCAUUAUCAAGAGACUUCGGCCCAUUAUACUUUACUUUCUGAUAUGCCGUCGAAAAAAGGACAGACAUUGCAAGAGCUGAUUACUUCGUCUACAAUCAUGUUUUUUAAUGAGAACUGGGAGGAGCUAGGGACUAAGGCAACUCUUCAAGAAUCUAUAUCUGAAUUCACGCUCAUACCCAAGAGUAUUCUUUCCGGAGAGGAUGAACUUGAUACAUUCAGUGUUGCGCAACGAAUGUCCUGGGCUGCAGAGAGACAAACAACAAAAAUUGAAGAUCGGGCAUAUUGUCUAAUUGGUAUAUUCGGUGUCAAUAUACCUCUACUCUUUAAUGAGCGAGAGUACUCAUUCAUUCGGUUGGAAGAAGAAAUUAUACGUGUUUGCGAGGGCCAUAGUCUAUUUGCAUGGAGGUCCUCUGACACUCGUGGAAUUCUUGCUACAUCUCUGGCUGCCUUUAUAGGCUCUCACGAUAUUGUGCAGUUCAAUCCCUUUAAUGCUCCCAACAGCCCUUUUACAGGGACCAGUAUAGGAUUUCACCUAGACCUUCGCAUAUUAGGUGAUGGCGGAGACAAGCUGAUCGCUAUCUACGUGAGAGACACAUUACUGAAUAUGAAGCGUUUCACGAGAGUCUGGACAGCGAAAUCCGAGGAUAUUGAUUUUAAUAAUUUAAAAUUGUCUCAAUAUCCUCCAAGAAAGAUAUGUCUUCAAGCUAGUCGCAUCAUGCAUAUACAAGUUCCAGACGACGAACUUUCACUAAGCCCCUAUUCUGAGACUACUUUAGCAAAGCUAAUUAGUUCCGAUGAGCAAACGGGUGAGAGUAGCUCCCCGCUGAUAUGGGUAGCUGAUAAUGGUCAUCAAGCCAUAGUUGAACUACUACUCGAGGCCGGCGUCAAUAUCGAGGCAAGGGAUAAUUGGGAUAGUACACCGCAAUUCCUGGCCGCUAAAAACGGCCAUUAG